UCCUAGCCCUGGGCCAAAUGCCCUGCGUUGCCCUCUUGCUUCCUGGAUGGAUGGAUGCAUGGAUGGAUGGCUCAGAACAAUAGAGGUAUGGCACCUUGCUUGGCCACUUCUUAUACUGUUCCACUUCUUUGGAGGAUUGUCAUCUUUGGUAAGACUGGAUCUGGGAAGAGCGCCACGGGAAACAGCAUCCUGGGACGGGAGCGCUUUUUGUCGGCCAUAUCAGCUGGCUCAGUGACGAAGGAGUGCAAAAAGGGCGAGGCGCUAAUCGGUGGCAGGAGAAUUGUGGUUGUUGAUACGCCUGGGAUUUGUGACACCGGAGAAUCACCAGAAGAGAUUUGCAAAGAAAUGAAAAAGUGUGCGAAGUGGGUCUUCCCAGGUCCACAUGUACUUAUUCUAGUCAUUAAACUGGGACAUUUCUCUGCAGAGGAAAAAGCAGCUGUUAUGUCAGUCCAAAAGACUUUUAGUGCUAAGACAAAGAAAUACAUGAUCGUUUUGUUCAGCCACAAAGAUAGACUGGAAGGUAAGUCUUUGGAAGAGUUCUUGGACGACAGUGAUGACCUUCAGGCCCUGAUUUCCGAAUGCGGGAACCGGUGCCUGGCUUUCAACAACAAGGCUCAAGGCGAGGAGAAGGAGGAGCAGGUGGCCAAACUCUUUCGGAUGAUCAAUGCCAUGCUGAGAAGGAACAGCAGAGCCCCUUAUUGUACUGAAGACAUGAUGGGAAACGACCAAGAAAUAUCUGAGAUGUACCAACGGUUGCAAGAAGAGUACAAACAGCUGUUAGAAAAGGUAGAACAGCUCCAAAAAGAGAAAGAGCAGGGGAGUUCCGGUGGGUGCAGCAUCCUCUGAGAGAUGCAGGCUUGGCUGUGCUGAGCGUUAAACAAAGGGCGCAUUCCCACUCACUUAUACACUGGUUUACAAAGAAAAUCCAGGCUCUAUCGUUCCCACUCAAUCCCAAAUUAACUCUAGAACAGUUCUAGAUUUACCCUCUAUCGUUCCCACAGCGAUUCGAAUUUGAUUCGAAUCCAAACAUUUAAACCAGAUCAGAAGCCUAUAAACCGGCGCAAAAAAAAAAAGUAGGUUUUACCCCGGGUUAUCCCUUGUGCCGAUAUACGAAUCGCUGUAUUUAAAUGGGAAUGAAAGGGAACCUGGAGAUGGGAGGAGCAGCGCUCAAGGGGCUGGCCUGGGGCUGUCACCCUCUUUGGUCUCUUUCUGCAUCGCC